AGCCACACGAUUUCUUCUUGUUUUUGAUUCGCAAUGAACCCAACACAGACCCUUUACUCUCCCGGCGGGAACUCGCCGGCAUCUUCUCCGGCGACGCACCCAUCUUCACUCUUUCCUCAAAUCAACAAAUGUCGAACUAUAAGAGACCUCUCUCAAAUCCAUGCCGUAUUCAUCAAAUCAGGUCAAAUGCGAGACACUCUCGCCGCCGCAGAGAUUCUCCGAUUCUGUGCUACCUCCAAUCUCCAUCACCGUGACCUUGACUACGCUCAUAAGAUAUUUAAUCAGAUGCCUCAACGAAAUUGCUUCUCUUGGAAUACAAUAAUCAGAGGUUUCAGUGAGAGCGAUGAAGACAAAGCUGUAAUUGCAAUCACAUUGUUCUGUGAUUUGAUGAGUGAUGAGUUCGUUGAACCGAAUCGGUUUACGUUUCCUUCUGUGCUUAAGGCUUGUGCGAGGACAGGGAAGAUUCAAGAAGGUAAACAGAUUCAUGGGUUGGCUUUGAAGCUUGGGUUGAGUUAUGAUGAAUUUGUGAUGAGUAAUCUUGUUAGGAUGUAUGUGGUGUGUGGUUUGAUGAAAGAUGCUUGUGUGUUGUUUUAUAAGAACAUUAUAGAAAAAGAUAUGGUGGUGAAUGUUGAUAGAAGAAAGAGAGAUGGUGAUGUUGUUUUAUGGAAUGUUAUGAUUGAUGGCUAUAUGAGACUUGGUGAUUGUAAAGCUGCAAGGAUGUUGUUCGAUAAAAUGCGUCAGAGAAGCGUUGUUUCUUGGAAUACGAUGAUAUCGGGUUAUUCGCAGAACGGGUUUUUUAAGGAUGCUGUUGAGGUUUUCUGUGAGAUGAAGAAAGGAGAUAUCCGUCCGAAUUAUGUUACUUUGGUUAGUGUUCUUCCUGCGAUUUCGCGGUUAGGGUCGUUAGAAUUAGGAGAGUGGUUGCAUUUGUAUGCAGAGAGUAAUGGAAUUAGGAUUGAUGAUGUGCUUGGCUCUGCUUUGAUUGAUAUGUACUCGAAAUGUGGGAUCAUCGAGAAAGCGAUUCAGGUGUUUGAGAGAUUACCUCGAGAGAAUGUGAUUACUUGGAGUGCGAUGAUAAACGGGUUUGCGAUACACGGCCAGGCAGGUGAUGCUAUUGACUGUUUUUCUAAAAUGAGGCAGGCUGGAGUUCAGCCUAGUGAUGUUGCUUACAUUAACCUCUUGACUGCUUGUAGCCAUGCUGGGUUAAUAGAAGAAGGAAGGAAGUAUUUUAGUCAAAUGGUGAGUGUGGAUGGGUUAGACCCAAGGAUUGAACAUUUUGGGUGUAUGGUUGAUCUAUUGGGUCGUUCGGGUCUUCUUGAUGAGGCUGAGGAGUUUAUACUUAAUAUGCCUAUAAAACCAGAUGAUGUGAUAUGGAAAGCACUUUUGGGUGCUUGCAGAAUGCACGGAAAUAUCGAGAUGGGAAAGCGUGUGGCCAACAUUCUCAUGGAUAUGGUUCCUCAUGACAGUGGAGCUUAUGUCGCCCUCUCAAACAUGUAUGCUUCUCAAGGGAACUGGUCAGAGGUUUCAGAGAUGAGGCUGAGAAUGAAGGAAAUGGAUAUAAGAAAAGAUCCCGGGUGUAGUUGGAUCAACAUUGAUGGCGUGCUUCAUGAGUUUCUAGUAGAAGAUGAUUCUCACCCGAGAGCCAAAGAAAUCAACUCAAUGCUCGUAGAAAUCUCAGACAAACUGAGACUAGCUGGGUAUAGACCAAUCACCACACAGGUUUUGUUAAACUUGGAGGAAGAAGAUAAAGAAAACGCACUCCAUUACCAUAGCGAGAAGAUCGCUACAGCGUUUGGGUUGAUAAGCACGAGCCCUGGCAAACCAAUACGCAUUGUUAAGAACCUACGCAUCUGUGAGGAUUGUCACUCAUCCAUCAAACUCAUCUCCAAAGUUUACAAGAGAAAGAUAACUGUACGAGACCGGAAACGUUUCCACCAUUUCCAAGAUGGCUCAUGCUCGUGCAUGGAUUACUGGUGAAAGUGCAUGAUAAAAACAAAAAAUUCUUAAUAACAUCAUUUUUGUUUUAAAGAUGAGUGGAGUUUAUAUGUAAUUUGAAGAUAUAAAGUUUUAUUUUGAAUAACCCAUAGAAAAUUUAUGAUAA